AUGGUAGGCACGCAAAACGCAAGUCAGGUGGCAAGCGGGCCAAGUGCUCAACACCUGCCAUCCAGACCGCCUCAGGAUGAGCUCGAACUACCGAUACCUCCUACAAAUUUAAUGUUUGCUUUGCGAAAUGGGAGACCGAGAGGCACUACACUCAAAGAAUCGGCAUGUGCCCAGCGCUACGUUCGACGUGGAGAUGCGUUUGACGCGACCACUGCAGUCAUAGGAACGGGUGGGUGAGUGCCAAUUAUCACAGUCGAAUAGCUGCGGCCGAUCGCAGCGAUGACUUACACGCCCGGUUUGGUGCGCUUCUCAGCUUUGGGACUGCUUAUCGAUACGAGGUGAGUACUGCGGCCAGAGACUCGAGAUCGUCUGCAGAAUGUAACGCUAAUGCUGUGACGCCCUUGCUCAGCGGGUUCCCGAGCCCGAGCAGAGCGCUUGGACAGCCUCCCCAGACUCGAGCUUCUCUGCGCUGAGCGCGUUUGGCGCCUCGUCGAGCCACACGACCAACACGUCCUUCUCAUCUCCGGGACCCAGCCCAAAGAAAGCAGCCGUGGCGCCCUCAGUCGCGUCAUCACCACACCGUGACAGCAUCCCGAUGGAGCGCGAACACGUCGAAGCACUUGAUCAGCAAGAAUGUGAGCAAUUCGACAAACAAAUGCGUAAGAAAUUGAGCCACAGACACCUGGCCCAAACCAGCGUGCCCCAACAACAGCUCGCGGCGCAUACGUCAGGCGUCACUUCUGAGAGCAAUGCAAAUUCCCCAGCAAUUAUGCCGGACAGCCCGCAGCAAUUGUCGCCCAACAAACCACCUGCCGUGAUUGUCGUCAAAGUCUGUCGGACGCCGACCACAGGCAGCUUCGAUGAGCUGCCGCGAUGUGGAGUUCCGCGCGCCGAAGUCAAAAGAGCCGAAGCUCUUCUUAACGCACAGCGCAACGGCGAGCUUACACCCGAUCUCUCGAAGAUAAUGCACACUCGCAUCGUGCGGGGCGAGCUUUUGCUCCUCAAAUUUCUUCAAGGAGCUGCGACGGCCGAAGGUUUCAGUCAUCGCCGCACUCACACGGUCAGACUGAUCGCAGACAUGUCCAUGCAUACCGCAUGUUCGGCAGUGACUGCCCUGGAUCCGCUCAGCGCUCAAGCCAGCACUGCUGCCACGUACGAGCGCGUCGAGGGUGGCCCGCCCUUGCCUCGUCUGUUGGUUUUUGAACGACUCGUCGACCUAGACGCCCAUCUCACUCCUCGCGGAUGGGUCAAAUCGCGUACACCAUGGACAGUUGCGCAAGUGGAAGCAGCCGCGCGCGACGUCGCGAGAGGUCUUCGCUUCCUCCACUCUCACUGUGUGGCACAUGGCGACCUCAAACCGUCCAAUCUGAUGCGAUGCGCAAAGACGGGUGUGGUCAAGCUCAUCGAUCUCGGCGCCUCGAGACGAUGGGUGCGCCUUCCUGUGGACAAAAUGAGCAGCACCAGCGUGGUCGAGGGAUUGGACGAGGCCAUCAUCAACGGCCAAUUGAGCAGAGAUGACUAUACUCGCGAUGUCGUCUGUGAAGGACUUGGGUCAUUUACAGGCUCGCCGCACUUCAUGGCCCCGGAAAUUUUGCUGCAAGCGAGUCGGUAUCUCAGCACGGACGGAUACGCAAGGUCGGUGCUCGACGACCAUGUCAGAAAUCCAGCCGCUCUUCCUGCUCAUAUCCCGCUCGAAUUGCUCGAGCUGUGCUAUGACGACUUCAAACGCGGAUGGGGAGUGGCAGCUGAUAUCUGGAGUUGGGGCUGCACGGUCCAGCUCUUGAUGAUGCGCACACAACACUCGCUAGAGAGACCCAGAUCUUCAGCGGUCUGUCCGUUCUCAUUCUCCUUCGAGCAUCAUCUCGAGGACGCCAUCGCACCGCUGUACCCUCAAGACGAGUCGGAGAAUGAUUUGCCGCGAUUCCGACUUUGGGCGCGCUGCUUCUCUCUUCAAAUCACGCAGACAUUGAUCUCUGGGGUAGAGCUCAUCGACUGCUGUACCUAUCUGUCGCCACAGGUGCUGCACGGCCUGAAGCAAGCGAUGCAGGGCAGAGAUGCUCGCCCAAAUGCGACACAGCUCUGUGAAAUCCUCAGGCAGCCGGUGCAGGGCCUGGGACUCGAUCUAUCCGGCCUGACAGAGCCGGACCAUGAGGACAACAUUGUACUGCAACCGUCGCUGCCCGCGACCCCGCAGACACAUUGUAGCAAUCUUUCUCGUGCUGACUCCAUCCACAAUCUGGACGGUACCUCGAGCACAGGGAUGAGCUUGCCUUCCCACAUGCAUCGAAGCAUGAGCAGCGCGAUGCAAGCUCGAGAAAUGGUCCAUUUCAGUGGUGCGCAAGACGAUUACGAAGCUGACCGCGGUGGGCUUGCUGUGCGAUUGGAGAAGCUGUCACAGCGCCAGAUUGACGCGCCAUCUUUGCCCGGACAAUCUCAGCUGGCAACAAGAAGUCUGCGGCAACCACUUACUCUAUCCACGGCGCCGACUCCUACAGACAGCACGAACCUGUCGCCAUCGGAUGCGGAAUCCCCAAUGUUUCCAGACGUGGACAUGGAUGCAGACCUGCUGGGUCUCCAUCUCAUGGCUGCGGAGGCGAUGGACAUUGAUGUCGACGACGUGGGCGGUGUGCCAGAGCAGCGUCUGCUUUCAGCUCCAUCUUUUACCAGACACGCCGAACCUCAAAGCAAGAGCAACGCUACGUCGAUUGAAAAUGACGCUGCAAGUGCACCCUCUCUGCUCAACUUCGAGGAGCGAGGCAACGGCGAACACCGGGGCACAACGCCCACACCGACGCCUGCGCCGUCAGAGUCUCAGAAUCAGCAGCUGAAUCAGAAGCGCUCUCUUGGUACCCUCCUACGCCGAGGGAGCAGCCUGCACAAGGUUCGGUCUUCCUUCGGCGGCUUGCGAACGGGCUCCCGCGCGCUUGAGCGGCCCAAGGAAGGAGCGGAGUCUCGCUCAGACAUACACUGGCGUUUCAUGCUCGACGAUGCGGAUGCUGCUCCAGUUGACGAAGAACAAGAAGCUCCCAAGGCUCAGCAUCCCAGCACUACAGGGCCCGUUUUCGAAACCAAAUUGCCGUCUGCGCAUUCUAGAGGUCGUUCUGGCACUCUGCUCGCGCGUCGGUUGAGCAUUGCCAAGUCUCUCAUUCAAGGCAAUUCCCCAAGCGACACCGCCGGUGCUCACGCAAAAGAACAGGCGAUACCUGAAUUCGAGGGCGAACAUGAGACUGGCGCGUCGACGAGUCCCAGCAGGCAAGCUACACCUGCCUGGCGUCGCCGGUUGACCAUCAGCAGCAAGUCCGCGCGAGCGUGA